CGAAUUGAAACCUAAUAUGAGGAUGCAUCUAAACAAAAUAGAAGUGGCGUACAAAUUUCAGUUCGAAGGAGGAACAUGCAGCUUGCUAUGUCCAUAGUCCGCCCAACUCCGUUAGCCUUCCCUCAUCCUCCGGUGACUAUUCUCCGGCAUACAACUUUUCGAGUUUCAUGUUCCUCCUCCACUCCGUCGCAACCUCUGCAAGCAGAUGCAAGAGAUUCUGCGCAGAGAACUUCAUAUAAGCCCGGUCCGCUCGAUAAUCUCUUCCUUCAUUUGUUCCGUAGAAAAAUGGCCCGGGAGUCUGGAUGGGAUUCUGAAAAGCCUGGAUAUGAUGGAUUAAUUGAAGUUGCAAAUCGUCUCAUGAUUGGUCGAACCAAUUCUGAAACAAGAGAAAUUGCAGUGCGGAUAUUAGAAUCUCUUUUUCCUGCAUGGUUGUUGGAUCUCUACAGAAGGCUUAUUGCACCCGUAGGAGGAGGUAAAAUUGCUGCGGUGAUGGUAGCAAGGGUUACUGCAUUAUCUUGCCAAUGGCUCAUGGGUCCAUGUAAAGUCAACUCAGUGGAUCUUCCCGACGGAUCAUCAUGGAUGAGUGGGGUGCUGGUGGAAAAAUGCAAGUAUUUAGAAGAGAGCAAAUGUGUGGGAAUAUGUGUUAAUACUUGCAAACUCCCCACGCAGGCUUUCUUCAAGGAUUCUAUGGGUGUGCCUUUGGUUAUGGAGCCAAAGUUCAGCGACUAUAGCUGUCAGGUAAUGAUGAGUCAAUAAUGAUGUUACUAAGAUGAGUGAAACAAAAGUUAAUAACUUUGACGGGGCAGUUCAAGUUUGGGAUCUUGCCUCCUGAACCAGAGGAUGAUGAAGCGCUAAAACAAACUUGUCUGGAGAUAUGCCCAAAUGCAUCCCUUAGACGAAAGGAGCCUGCCCGGCAGAAGGCUAACACAGAUGCUGAUGCAUUCAAGUGUCCCAAGGCAUAAUAGGCCCACUAGGCUGUCUGUUAUUUUUCUAUUUUAGUCUAUGUCAAAUGUUUAUCCAACACUAAAUUUAUGUAGGUUCAAAAAUUUGUACUUCUAAUGUUCAAGAUCAAACACGCUCCGUCCUACUGUACAUUUCUAAUCCCUCCGUCCCUUAAAACUUUGCCAAGUUUGACCGGC